AUGGCGACAACUGAAGCUCCAGUGGACACUUCCCUUCAAGUUAUAGGAUAUGCGGCACUUCUCCUCUCAUGUUGUGCUUUCGGUACAAUGUUUGUUCCGUUAAGACGAAGAAAUUGUAAAGAUGGUUUUUUCGUACAAUGGAUCGAGUGUGGAGUCGUUUUCAUCAUCGGAUGCAUUUUCUACGCGGCUCGCGGAUUUCCGAAAUUCGAGCCAAUCGCAUGCAUCGGAGGUUUUUUGUAUGCUACUGGAAAUGUAUUCAGUGUUCCGAUCGUCGAAGGAAUCGGUAUGGGAAUUGGAUUUUUGAUUUGGACCAGCUUGCAGAUAAUUGUCGGUUGGGGAGUUGCUAGAUUUGGAUUAUUCCAAUGGAUUGCUCCUCAAACUGUUAAAAACGACGUACUGAACUAUAUUGGAAUAGCUUUGACGAUCGUCAGUGGAGUCUUGUUGAUAUUUGUGAAGCAUGUUGAGCCAGAACCAGAAAAUGAGUACGAUGUUACGAGUAAAGAGACGGAACAUCGGGAUGAAAUUGAACAGACAUCGAGUGAAUCUGAACGAUCUUCUUUUGACAUGCCGGGAGUAGCGAAGAAAGUUCCGUAUAUCAUAAUGGCAAUGAUUUUGGCAUGUCUUCAUGGUCUUAUGAUGUCUCCGAUUGAAUACUUGAAACAGAAAAAUCCUCCAGCUGAUAGUUUCCAAGUAUUCGACUAUAUUUUCCCAUUCUAUACUUCGGUAUUUCUUUUCUCUACAAUUUAUUUCUUCGCCUACUGCGUUAUUCUUCGUCGAAGAGCAUAUGUUGAAAGAAAUUUAGUUAUUCCAUCGAUUGGAUAUGGUCUUCUUUGGACAGCAGGAAUGACACUUUGGUUCGUAUCGAGUGAUAAAUUAUCGCAAGUUGUGGCUUAUCCAUGUACUGCACGCCUCCCACCAUUGAUUAGUGGUGCCCUUGACGUAUUCGUAUUCAAAAGUAUUCAGGGAACUCGAUCAUAUGCAACAUUGGCCGUUUCAUCAGUUAUCGGUGUCAUUUCUGUUAUAAUGAUUGCUUUAUCUAAUCAAAUAUAA